AUGAUAAAACAUGGAGAAGGCCCUCUUUAUGAAGAGGCAAAAUUAGCUCUAUGUAAACUUUCCGAAGUUUCUACUAAAAAAAAACCACUUAUUCAAGCAGAGGAACGAUCAACUGAAGCAGUUGAAGAAAUAAUGGAUUUAUUGGGAUUAAAUGUACAACCAGAAGUUAUUAUCUGUAAAGUAGAUGGUGAAAUCAUAGAAGUAUCUACUAGUACUCCUUUGGUAAUGCUUUUUGGAGAAUUUGCAAAAUCUUUGGGGGAAGGAGAACUUUUACCAAUUGAAGAAAAAGUUCUUUUAAAUCAAUGUACAUUUGUAGCUUCACUUCCAGAUCGUCUUGCGAAUAUCCUUAUUAAUGCAUCUUGGAGUCCAAAAAGUCUUGAAAUUGAUAUAGAUCUUUUCAUUACUCGUAUAUCUCAAGCACUUUGUAGUUUUUUACUUGUAAUUCAUAAAACGUCACCUAUUGAUAAUGUUGAAGAGUCCUUUAAACAGAAACAUUAUCAAUUUAGAAAACAGAAUGCAGCUCUUGUUUGUGAGUUUAUGAUACAAACAAUGGUUAGACGUGGGUAUAUGAAAGUUUUUUACCAAUUUUUUAUAUUAUCAAUAAGGAAUCAAGAGAUGUUUUCCAUUAUUUCAGAAGAAAUAAUACCUCUUGUGUUUAAAGCUAUAUUUAAAUGUAGUUUUAAAAAUUGGGAAGUUUCAAGUGAAAAUAUGGAAAGAACUUUGGUAGUUAGGAAUAAUAAUAAAUUAUAUUGGUCAGAGUGGAACUCAUGGAUCUUGCAAACAUCAGAAAAAGAUUCAAAUUUGAAGAAAUUAUUAGUAACUUCUUUAAUUCGGAUGAUUUCUUUUUCAAAGAAGAAAAGUGAUAUCCCAAACGAUAAGCUUUUAAUGUUUAAUGCUUUACAUGAUGAAAUAUUUAUUACACAAAUAUUAUCUGUGCCUAAUGAAAGAGGCGUUUUGCGAAUUAUUUUUCGAGGAAUUCUUCCAGAAAUUGUAGAUCAACCCAAAAAUGAAAAAGAGGUUGAUGAACUAUCAGAAAUUGAAAUUAAUAUAUUUAAGGAGAUUUUUAACAAAUGGGGUAGUCAUGAUUUUGUUGAAAAAGGUUCUGUUGAACUUAAUACCACUUUGGCAAAUGCAGUUUUGUAUAUACUUUUGCAUGUUAAAGAGCGUAUGAUAAAAUGUGAGAACAAACGUCUCCCACAUAUCUUAUUACAGCCUCUUUUGGCUGGAGUUUCAGAACGUUUUGAAAUUAUUAGGUCAAAUGAGAUGAGAAAUGAAGCAAUAACAGUUGCUUCAGCGUUUGCAACUUUUUUUGUAGGUGAAAAAGAAGCUUUGCAUGCAUUUUCUAAUUUAGAACAGUUUCCAGGACUUAUUAAUGAAUGGUUAAAAGGUGAAAUUGAUCCUUCAAGACUUCCAGGGUCGUUACAAGUUUUUAAUGAAGACUUACCUCAUAAUGAUAACGAUAAAACAAAAUUUAUCUUAUGUCGUCGAAAUUUAGAGGAAGAUGAAUUUCCACUUGAUCCUAAUGAUAGUUUUACAUUCUUCUGUAGAAGAGAUCCUACAGUGACAACGAAAUUGAAAUUAUCUAAUACUGAUUCUGUGGUUUUUUAUGACCAAAAUACUGUUAAUCGUGGUAAAUUAUUUUCUUUUGGUAAAACAAUACAUGAGCAAGAUGAAUUAGAAGAUAAUAUAUCAAUCCUUGUUACUUUACGUGAGUCUUAUAAUGCUAUAAUGGGAAUUGGAAGAAGCAGUAAUGCUCAACUUCACGAAGUUCAACAAGAAAUAGAAAGUGGACUUCGAGGAUUAUUUACCGCAUUAAAAAAUAUUAAAGAAAAACUUGGUAUUUGGAAAGAACAAACUGUAAAUGGUGAAAUAAUGCUUUCACGUAAAAAAAUUGGUAGAGAACUUAAUCCAAUGAUUCCAUUACUUAUUCCUACUUUAAUGACACUUACAAUUCAUGCCCCAGAAGAACGACAUAAUGAAUUAAUGAAGUUAAGAUACUUGAAUAUUGUUUCUUUAAUUAUCGUUUCACCGGAAAAUGCAUUAAAUCAAUUAAGUAAAAUGUUAUAUUCUGCUCAUUAUGGUGUUUUUCAACGAGUUGAAAUGGCGAAAGCUAUUGGUGAAGCGGCGAAAUAUCUAUCACAAGUUGAAAUUACUUUAAAAUCUCAAGAAACCUCAGAAAAUAUUAAAAAUCGAAGUAAUCAAGGUUUACAAAAACGAAUAUAUCCUCCAAUACCAACGGAAUCAACUGCACCCCUUUCAAUUAGAGUAACUGAAGGAAAAGAAACAAGAAGAUGGGGUAAUGCUGUAAUUGAAAGAGUAGAAAAGAAGAAAAAGCAAUAUUCAAGUUACCUAGCAGAAGUUGUUAGUUUUUUUAUAUCAACUCUUUUAGCAAAAGCUGAAGAUGAUCAUUUUUCAUUCUUUCGUGAUAGUGAUCCAUACACUCCAGGAGAGGUACUUCGAACUAUAUGUAUUAUAGUUCAAUGUAUAGCCUCGGCUCGGCAUGUUGCACCCAUUUUAUGUGAAAGUAUUAUGUCAUUUGCUUUGGUAGUGGUAACACAUCAUCCAUUAUUAGUUAUAAGAAAACAAGGUUGGAUUCUUAUUGGUGAGUUAAUGAGAUCCUGGUGUGGUGCAGGUCCACUUAUUCCUAGUGAAACUUCUCCUAUUCCUUCUCGGAGUGUUUUUGGAGGCUCAGUUUCAUAUGUUUUUUCAGAAAAAUGGUUAGCGAUGCAACAAACGUUACAAGCUUUAUUUGAAAAAAUAAAAGAUGAUCCAUCUUCUGCUGAACCCGCAUUUCUUGUACUUGCUGAUAUGCAAGAUUUGGUAAUGUCGAAGCGAGAUAUGGAGGUUAUGGAAAAUCGUGUAGUUAACACGAAAAAAAUAACCGUUGCAGCUGUUAAGGAAAAUACUAUAAAAAGUUUUUAA